AUGUCCUGCAAAUCAGUGGAAAGCCAGUUGGUUGUGGCCAGCGGUUCAAUCUCUGAGAAGGAAGAGCCCCUUGUGCAGAAGCUCCCUGAGCCCGAUAGGGGCCGGGCUUGGAUCGCCAUGGUUGGAGGAGCUCUGGGUCUCUACUCAUCAUUUGGAUACAUCAACGUUGUGGGUCUUUUCGAGGCCUACUAUCUGCAUCAUCAACUAGACGGCUACUCGGCAUCGACCGUCUCGUGGAUCACGUCUCUACAGUUCUUCAUUCUGCUGGUUGGAGGAGUUUUCUUCGGAAGACUAGCUGAGAUGUACGGGCCUCGGCCGGUGGCUAUCGUCGGUAUGCUCUUCACAGUGGGAGGAAUCAUGGCAACCUCUGAGUGCAAAACAUACUACCAGUUCCUGCUGGCUCAGGGAAUCUGCACGUCUAUCGGAAACUCCUGUGUCUACUACGCAUCAAUGGUCGCGUGUAACACGUGGUUUGUCAAACGACGAGCUACCGCCCUGGGUGUGGUAGUUGGAGGUUCGUCGAUUGGAGGUGUGACCCUGCCAUUCGUCUUCUCUCAACUACAGCCUAAAAUCGGAUUUAAUGACACUGUGAGAGUCAUUGGAUACAUCAUGCUUGGAGUGGGAGUCAUCUGCUGUGUUUGCAUCUCUUCUCGACUGCCUCCUAACAAGAAGUUACGAAAGAACUUCUUCAAUUUCCGACAAGAGGUUAUUGAACCCUACAAGAACAAGUCGUUCGCUAUGAUGACCGCGGCGCUGUUUGUUUCGUAUUGGGGACUUGUCACAACCAUGGGAUACAUGUCCACCCACGCUAUUUCCCACGGCAUGUCUGAAACAGUCUCCUUCUACCUCGUGGCAAUCUACAACGGAGCCUCCUUUCUGGGUAGAAUCUUGCCGGGUAUAAUGGCUGACAAGGUGGGUACUUACAACAUGCAUUCCGUAUGCUGUGUUCUUUGUGGUAUCAUUCUUCUGGCUUUCUGGAUCCCCUCCAACAGCAACGCGGCCUUCUUCACUUUCUCUGGAGUCUUCGGAUUCAUCUCUGGACCCUAUAUUGGUCUGUUUGCAGCUCUUGUGGCGGAAGUGUCCGAGCCACAUGAAAUUGGGAGGCGAUUGGGUGUAGUCACCUUCUUCUGCUCCUGGGCAGCUCUUACUGCCAUGCCUAUUGCAGGAGCCACCCUGGACGAAGGACAUACCAGCUUUGUCGGACUUCAGGUGUUUGCAGGAGUUACCAUGAUGGUAGGAGGAUUCAUGGUAUUCGCAGCCAAGAUGCUGGUCCCUGGACAGACAUGGCUCUCCAAGUUCUAG